GCCCGUGAUCUGUGCCCCGAGGAGAGAUGACCAGGACAGGGCAGGGCUUGGAAGGUGGCGCUGGGGGUGGAUUUGAGAAUGAGCAGGUCUUGAAGAUCAGUGGAAAGUGGUAGCAGCGGGGGGCCUGGAGGGUUCAGGGCAGAGCCUCUGGUUUCCUGAGAGCGGACCCAGGACAAGGGGAGGUCCGGAGAGCCAACUGGGACCUGCUGAGGGUGCAGGGCCUGGAGGACGCGGGGUCGACAAGGCUGCAGUAUGCUUGGGUGAACGCACGGGCUGUGCCGGCACAGCGCUAGGCACAGAAGAGCUCCGGGGGGAGGGGCUCCGCCGAGCAGCCAGCACCAUGAAGGACGAUGUGGCUCUUCUGGCCACUGUCACCCUCCUGGGAGUCCUGCUGCAAGCUUAUUUCUCCCUGCAGGUGAUCUCGGCGCGCAGAGCCUUCCGCGUGUCGCCGCCGCUCACCACCGGGCCGCCGGAGUUCGAGCGCGUCUACCGAGCCCAAGUGAACUGCAGCGAGUACUUCCCGCUGUUCCUCGCCACGCUCUGGGUCGCCGGCAUCUUCUUUCACGAAGGUACCGCGGCCCUGUGCGGGCUGGUCUACCUGUUCGCGCGCCUCCGUUACUUUCAGGGCUACGCGCGCUCCGCGCAGCAAAGAUGCUGCCCAGGGCCUGAGGUGGAGGACGCCCGGUCGGUGGAACCGGAGAAGAGCCGGAGCUUCCGGGAGGACGGGACGGGUGCUCGCCCCAUCCCAAUCUCCAAUUAAAGUGCUGAUGACCGGACCCCGAGCGCAUUCUCUGGGUCGGAGGGGUUCGCGCACCGCGCGCUGUGGAGCCCAGCCGGGGGCAGCCCAGCGGCAGUCGGGUGGGCUUCCCGGCGGUGGGGCUGCGGAAGGACCGGGGCCUCUCCGGGGCCGCCCUUCUCGCGGGGGCUCACCCCGCGGCGCCUCCUCCC